AGGGUCGGAUGUUUCCUUCACCUUCCCUCGCUUACCUGAUGAGAGGACGGAGGACAAAGUAAGACGUAAGAGAGUCUGGAGGAGUCCAAGCCCUCCUAAAAAAAAACCCCGCACCUGCGUGAUGGCGUUCCUGAAGCAGAUGCGCUCCCCUCGCCUCUCCUUCAUCCAGACGGUCGCGUCUCUCUUCCUGGGCGCAGUUUCCAUCAUGUCCUCCUACUGGUGCGUGGGUAAACAGAAGGUGCCCAAGCCGCUCUGUUCGCCCGCCAAGCACAGCAACUGCAUCCCCGUCCCCGGCGUCUCCAACUCCUCCAGCAUCGAUUUCUCCUGGGAGACGGGCGACGACCGCUUCGUCUUUCCCACCUUUCACACGGGCCUGUUCUGGACAUGCGAGGAGAACAUCUACAAAGACGCAUGGGAGGAGAAGUGUCGAGGCUUUCACACUUUGACUCCUGGAUCUGAAAAAGCAAUGAUGUGGCUGUCACUGUCGCUGGAGAUCAUGUAUGUAGGUCUGCUGUCAAUCAGCUGCGUCCUGCUGUGUGUGCAGUUGUGUAUCCGGGCCUGUUGCCCCUCCACGCAGCGCUGGGGUCAGCUGCUCAACGCUUUUGCUGCCGUCUUCACAGUCCUGGCAGGUCUGCUUGGGAUGGUGGGUCACAUGAUGUUCAUGCAGGUGUUUCAGACCACUGUCUCAAUGGGACCGGAGGAUUUCAAACCUCACAGCUACGGCUACUCCUGGGCGUUCUAUGUGGCCUGGUUUGCCUUCACCGUCUGCAUGUCUGCCGGCGUCUCCACCCUCAACAACUACACCAAGAAGGUGCUGAUGGUGGGACCCAGACGUGCCUCCGGCCUCAACGCCUGCAGCUUUAACUUCGUGGGGCUCCUGCCGCCGGCUCCUUACUACACGCCUCCGAACCCAGCCAUCACCCUGGCCUGUCCGCCGUCCCCUCCCCGGAUCUCCCACCUGUCUCCUUACUAUGAGCCCCCGACUGCGAAGCCACCGUCCUCCGCCACUACUCCGAGGCUCACGCACUCCCACUCGCUUCCUCUCCCCCACUCGGACUCCUUCCCUCCUCCUCCCCCACAUCCUGCGCCCGCGUCCCCGUUCCACCGCCUGUCCCUCCCCUCACCCUCCCCCUCCGUCUCCGUCCACAUGACCCUGCCGGGACACCAUGCGAACCGUUACGACCGCGAGGAGGACUACAGCCCACUCUGAACUUGCAGUUUGAUGUUUGUCGUUGUCUCUCAUGCGCUCUGAAUUUACAUUUACAGUCCAGUGACUCAAUGAAUGCAAGUAAUUAGCGUUGAUCAUAAUCACUCUCUUCUAAUAAAGAAGGCCACGUCAAACACGGUGUUGUAAAGUGAACAUGAGGCAGAAACAAUUAAUCAUGUACAAAAUUGAUAUAAAAUAAAUAAGAAGAUAGAAGCCACUGGAAUAUUUGACCUCU